AUGUCCACUCAGUCCACCUCCCAAAGCCAGUCCUCCUCCUUCCCUCGCCAAUACCAAGGCCUCCGUUUGCCUGGUAACAUCGGCGACGUCCCCAUGACUAAACUUGGGGACGUUAGGAGGGCUCCUCCCUUCCUCAAAGGUCAGGCCAACGUCAUCGGCCAGACCAACGUCCCUCUAGAUGAGAGAGCAUGGCAGGCGCAGGUUCAUGCCGCCAUGCUCACAACAAUCGACGAAGACGGACACCAACCAGAGGAUCACUACGUCUCCCCACUAGCGAACCUCCUGUCCUCCAUCCCACCGGCGGAAAAGAUGGAGGACAUCAAACGUCUCCUACACCCCUCCUUCCGUAUGCGAUGCUUCGACGUAUUGCUGUCUGCGUUUGAGACAGCUACGAAGAUCGUGGGGGUUCAAUCCGCCAUCAAAGCACUGAAGAAGCAGUUGUUCGAGAAGAAACUCCCGACUGCAGUCAACCCUAUCGUACGGUCGAAGGUUGGCACUCAGUUCACCUCCCUAUACCCCACGGAACUCAGGGAGAAAGCGGCUCGGGAUAUGGCCGCUAUCCAGCAAGAGUGCGCCCUCAGACUGCAUCAAACCAUCAUCGAGCAGAAAGAGGCAGAGCUCGAAUACCUUCAAGCCCUAAACUCCUUAGGGAAUCUAGACGAACUGCUGCGUGCGGCAGUUAAGAAAGAUUUCCUGAGUGCCAAGCUCCAACACGGGUCGCGCCCGGGACAGGAGGAUGUCAACAUGGAUCUAGGUGAUACCCCAACUGAGUCGAGAGACCAAAGGGAUAUCGCUGGAGAAAUGGAGAUUCCCCAGUUUUUGUUGGUAGAGAGGGAUGCAGCCUUAGCGCUUGCCCCUUUAUUGGCAGUACGUGUCCUUGAGAUGGCACGUACGAGGCAGGCAAACAAAGACUACCUCCUUGAGAAGAAAGUUUCUCUCAAGGAGCGUACGAUCCUUCAAGUGGCACAGGAAACCCCUGAGUCAGAGGAAGCUAGACUUUCUCGACUCAUUAAGGGAAUCCUCUUGAAGGAUAAAAAACAAGCCAAAAAGACCAAAAAUGUAAGAGAGGGUGACCCCCUUGUUGACUUUGCGCCGCUUACAUUUAUAGGUCAAGAAACCGGCUGCCCCAAGGGAAACAAACCUCAGGGGAUCAAAAAAUCGAAAGGAAAAGGAAAAGAGAAGGGGAAACCCCAAUCCGCUCCACAUCCAGCGUCGUCCACGAAGAGCCACAAGAGGAAGCCUUCAACAGACGGAAAAGGUGCCGAGAAGAAAGCGAAGCGAUGA